AUAACAAGUACUUUAUUUAGAUGCCCUGGAACAUUUUAUCCUCUAAACUUCACGUUCUCAUGCUGGUCCUUGGGUCGGCGACUCAAGCCGGGCACCGCGGGGACCAUCGCAUUCUACUCGGGCACUCUACCAGACUCUGGUCCCUACAACCUAAGUUUAGGUUCACUUGAACUCGUGACGAUGGAGCCCGAUGGCGAGAGGGAUAUGUACACCCGCGGAGCAUGUGCAGAAUGAGAAGGCGAUUCAAGGUCUGGAUCGCCAUAUGAUGUCUUACAGAUCCCUUGAAUAGCCGCUCCAGAAGUAUAAACCUGAUGUUUUGUCCAUGAGCUUCUGGGAAAGACCUUUGGGAGACAUACAGUUAUUUCUCUAGCCAUUCCUCGCCACCCAUUACGAAUAUGGAGCCUAUCAUACACCCAAUCUUCGAGAAACAGACGGGAACGUGGCAAUACAUCGUGGCCUGCCCGAAUACUCGUCAAGCGGUCAUCAUCGACCCGGUACUCAACUUGAGUCUGUCCGAGUUCAAGAUCACAACGACAUCCGCCGACGAGCUCCUAGCCGUCGCAGCAGCCAACAACUACACCAUAACACGGCUUCUCGAGACACACGUCCAUGCGGACCACCUCACAGCCGCAUUCUACCUUCAACAAAGCCUACUGGCCAAAAAUCAAAACAAACCCCCCAUCAGCACGGGGCGGCGCAUCCGACAAGUUCAAGAGACAUUCGCUCCCAAGUACGCCGUUCCCAACGCGGAACUAGAGCAAGCAUUUGAUCACCUCUUCGAUGACGACGAGACGUUCAACGUCGGAGAUAUCACCGCCCAAGUUCUGCACUUGCCCGGCCAUACGCCCGAUCACAGCGGGUACAAGAUCGGCAGCAAUGUCUUCACGGGCGACUCCAUCUUCAACCCCGACGUGGGCAGCGCGCGAUGCGAUUUCCCCAAUGGCGAUGCAAAGGCCUUGUACCACUCUAUGCAGAAAUUACUAGGGCUCCCCUCCCACUACAAGUUAUACACGGGUCACGACUAUCCCCCCGCAGACUCGGGCCGCGCGCCCCUUCCAUUCGUGACCGUUGCAGAGCAACUAGAAAGCAACAAGCACGUGAAGAAAGGAACCAAAGAAGACGAUUUUAUCGACUGGCGACGAAAGCGCGAUGCGACUUUGAAUGAACCGCGACUUUUGCACCAGGCAUUGCAAGUCAAUAUUCGAGGGGGUCGGUUGCCGAAGAGUUCGGAUGGGAGUCAAAGGACGUUUCUUCAGGUGCCCUUUCAAAUUCCUCGGUUUUAAGUUGCAGUACUAGUAGACCAAACCAGGAGUUUUGUAGCAGAUCCAGAAAUUGGAAAUCAAUGCAUUGUCUUCGAUAUCUUGUACGCCACCGCAUUUCGAUUCACG